AUGCUUCAGGAACAGUCUGAGUUGGUGAGCACGGUGAUGAAUAAUACACCCACAACAGUUGCCGCAUUAGCUGCGGUUGCUGCAGCUUCCGAAACAAAUGGAAAACUAGAGUCCGAAGAACUACCUGAAAUUACGAUUCCUAAGCCAAGAAGUAGUGUACAGUUAGAACAGCUACUGUACCGUUAUAGAGCUAUUCAAAACCAUCCCAAGGAAAAUAAGUUGGAAAUGAAAGCAAUAGAGGGUACCUUGAUGAAGAUAUCACGUGACCAGGAUCGCUACGAAACUAAGUUAGAAACUUUGAGAAAGAGUAUAGAUGAGGGAUUUCAUUAUGAUGAGGAUUUACUUAACAAACAUCUAGUUGCGUUGCAGCUACUAGAGAAAGAUACUGAUGUUCCUGAUUAUGUUUUAUACCUACCAGACAUCGAUAACGAUGAAACUAUCGUGAAAGAAGUAGAUUUCCCGGGAAAGAAGCCAAUAAGAAUCUCUAUGGAUUUCAAUACGAAGGCUAAAAGUUUAGAUUUAGAAUCAAAGUUUUCCAACGCCACAAAGACUGCAUUGGGCGAUCCAGAAACAGAAAUAAGAAUAUCUGCUCGCAUAUCCAACAGAAUCAAGGAGCUUGAAAGACUACCUGCCAAUUUGGGUACAUACUCACUAGAUGAUUGUUUGGAGUUUAUAACAAAAGAUGAUUUAUCGUCCAGAAUGGACACUUUCAAGAUCAAGGCUCUUUUGGAAUUGAAGAGUUUAAAGCUACUUACUAAACAAAAAUCCAUCAGGCAAAAAUUGAUUAACAAUGUUGCUAGUCAAGCACACCACAAUGUUCCAUAUUUGCGUGAUUCUCCUUUCACAGCAGCAGCGCAAAGGUCCGUUCAAAUAAGGAGUAAAGUGAUUGUCCCACAAACUGUUCGCUUGGCGGAAGAAUUAGAAAGACAACAAUUACUGGAAAAGAGAAAGAAGGAACGUAAUUUACAUCUACAGAAAAUAAACAGCAUCAUUGAUUUCAUCAAGGAAAGACAGUCUGAGCAAUGGUCUCGCCAAGAACGUUGCUUCCAAUUUGGUAGAUUAGGUGCUUCAUUACAUAAUCAAAUGGAGAAGGAUGAACAGAAAAGGAUAGAAAGAACCGCCAAGCAACGUUUAGCUGCUUUGAAAUCUAAUGAUGAAGAAGCUUACUUAAAACUGUUAGAUCAAACUAAGGACACUAGAAUUACACAAUUAUUAAGACAGACCAAUACUUUCUUAGAUUCUUUGUCAGAGGCCGUUAGAGCACAACAAAAUGAGGCAAAAAUACUUCAUGGUGAGGAGGUUCAAGCGAUUACUGAUGAAGAAAGAGAAAAGACUGACUAUUAUGAAGUGGCUCACAGAAUCAAAGAAAAGAUUGACAAACAACCUUCAAUUCUUGUCGGUGGUACUUUAAAAGAGUAUCAAUUGCGCGGUUUAGAAUGGAUGGUAUCGCUGUACAAUAAUCAUUUGAAUGGUAUUUUAGCAGACGAAAUGGGUCUGGGUAAAACCAUUCAGUCCAUUUCUCUAAUAACGUACCUCUAUGAAGCUAAAAAGGAUAUGGGCCCUUUCCUAGUUAUUGUACCCCUAUCCACUAUAACAAAUUGGACACUGGAAUUCGAAAAAUGGGCUCCGAGCUUAAACACUAUUAUAUACAAAGGCACCCCAAACCAAAGACACUCUUUACAACAUCAGAUAAGGAUUGGAAAUUUUGAUGUCUUAUUAACAACUUAUGAAUAUAUUAUCAAAGAUAAAUCUCUUUUAUCUAAACAUGAUUGGGCUCAUAUGAUCAUUGAUGAAGGUCAUAGAAUGAAGAAUGCACAAUCCAAGCUAUCAUUCACAAUUUCCCAUUAUUACCGUACAAGAAAUAGAUUGAUUCUAACAGGUACCCCUUUACAAAACAAUCUUCCAGAAUUAUGGGCACUGUUAAAUUUUGUUUUGCCGAAAAUUUUCAAUUCGGCUAAGACUUUUGAAGACUGGUUUAAUACUCCUUUUGCUAACACUGGUACCCAAGAGAAAUUAGAGUUAACAGAAGAAGAAACGUUGUUGAUUAUCAGAAGACUGCAUAAGGUGUUGAGACCAUUCUUAUUACGUCGUUUGAAGAAAGAAGUAGAAAAAGAUUUGCCUGAUAAGGUGGAGAAGGUUAUUAAAUGUAAACUAUCUGGUUUGCAACAACAAUUAUAUCAGCAAAUGCUAAAGCAUAACGCGUUGUUUGUUGGUGCAGGAACAGAGGGCGCCACUAAAGGUGGGAUUAAAGGUCUGAACAAUAAAAUUAUGCAAUUGAGAAAAAUCUGUAAUCAUCCCUUCGUAUUUGAUGAAGUUGAAGGUGUCGUAAAUCCUUCGAGAGGCAAUAGCGAUCUCCUUUACAGAGUAGCUGGUAAAUUUGAAUUAUUGGAUAGAGUGCUACCUAAAUUCAAAGCCUCGGGUCAUAGAGUAUUAAUGUUUUUCCAAAUGACUCAGGUUAUGGAUAUUAUGGAAGAUUUUUUAAGGAUGAAAGACUUGAAGUAUAUGAGAUUGGAUGGUAGUACAAAGACCGAGGAGAGAACAGAAAUGCUGAAUGCGUUUAAUGCACCAAAUUCCGAUUAUUUCUGCUUCCUUCUAUCGACCAGAGCUGGUGGUUUGGGUUUGAAUUUACAAACUGCAGAUACUGUAAUCAUCUUUGAUACAGAUUGGAAUCCACAUCAGGAUUUACAAGCACAAGAUAGAGCUCACAGAAUUGGGCAAAAGAAUGAAGUUAGAAUUUUAAGAUUAAUCACUACCGAUUCUGUGGAAGAAGUUAUUUUGGAAAGGGCCAUGCAAAAAUUGGAUAUUGAUGGUAAAGUUAUUCAAGCAGGUAAAUUUGAUAACAAAUCAACCGCAGAGGAGCAAGAAGCAUUUUUGAGAAGAUUGAUUGAAAGUGAAACGAAUAGAGACGAUGAUGACAAGGCAGAAUUAGAUGAUGAUGAGUUAAAUGAUACUUUGGCCAGAAGCGCCGAUGAAAAAAUACUGUUUGAUGAAAUCGAUAAGGAAAGAAUGAGCCAAGAAAGAGCAGACGCUAAGGCUCAUGGUCUGAGAGUUCCACCUCCUAGAUUGAUUCAACUAGACGAACUACCUAAAGUCUUCAGAGAAGAUAUUGAGGAACAUUUCAAGAAAGAGGACUCUGAACCAUUGGGAAGAAUUAGACAAAAGAAAAGAGUUUACUAUGACGAUGGUCUUACUGAAGAACAAUUUUUAGAGGCUGUGGAGGAUGAAAAUAUGUCUUUAGAAGAUGCUAUCAAGAAAAGACGUCAAGCUCGUGAAAAGAGGAGACUACGUCAGAAUGGCACAAAGGAAAACGAAAUAGAAACGCUUGAAAAUACGCCUGAUGCAUCUGAAACUUCUUUGGCUGAUAAUGAUAGUUUCAGGACGAAUAUAGAUGAUGAAGCUGGUGCUAAUCAGGAAUCUACAGUUUCUCCAUCGAAACGCCGGAGUAGUAGAAGGAAAAGAACCAUUGCCAUUGUUGCCGCAGAAGACAAGGAAAAUGUUGAAGAAGAGAGCGUUCCCAAAGAAAACGGGGACGCCAAGGUAGAAGAGGAACAAAAAAGUAGCUCCGUCGAAAUUAUAAAUGGUUCGGAAUCCAAGAAGAAGAAAACCAAAUUAACAGUCAAGAUAAAGUUAAAGAAGACAGCCGUGUCAGAUAAUAAUGAUAGCAAACAAACAGAGGAAACCUCAGAGGCAAAAUCACCUCUGAAGAAGACUCCAGCCAGGAAAACUAAAGCGAAACUAAAGUCGCCUGGAAUUUUUCCUGCCGUGGAAAAAUUGGUGGAAGAAAUGCGUGGAUUGUUAGAUGAAGCAGAUUCCCAUCCAAGAACAUCCAUUUUUGAAAAACUUCCAUCAAGGCGUGACUAUCCGGAUUAUUUCAAGGUAAUUGAGAAACCUAUGGCUAUUGAUAUCAUUCUAAAGAACAGUAAGAAUGGCACAUACAAAACCUUGGACGACGUAAGACAAGCCUUGCAAAUAAUGUUUGAAAACGCCAGAUUUUACAAUGAGGAGGGCUCCUGGGUUUACAUCGAUGCCGACAAGCUAAAUGAGUUUACUGAUGAAUGGUUCAAGGAACACUCGUCUUAA